AUGUUCUUCUUCAUGGUCAGCCUGUACAGUCACCUUGUGGCCAGCAUCCCGGGGGUGUCAAUCCCGGCCAUGGCCAGCGGCCGGUCUGAGCGUCUGGCUUACAGCCGGCAGCGAGCCAUCUCCGGGUACCAGGCUGUCCGCCGGUCAUCGUGGGCCCUGCUUGGCGUAUCGCUCAUCCUGUCCAUGGUCAUCGUGGUGGCCUUCCUCCGCCUAAGCUUCCUCACACUCAAGGUGGCCAUCUGUUAA